AUAAUAUAGAAAAUUGCACUUAAUAAUUGAAAAGAAAAAUGUCAGAAGGGAGUUGAUCGAAGACCACGGACUGAGAAACAUUUGCUCGAAAAUCGUCCAGGCAAAGCAAAGCGGCAGUUAAUCAAAUUUUCAGUUCGUCAGCAUCGUCAAUCAACAGUCAAUCGUGCAAUCAUCUCCUCUUCCCAACCAAAAUCAUUCCCUUUCCGCUUCCCCGAACUGCACCCCCGCCGGGAAAUGUCCUCAGCGGAAAUCUCCGGAAUCAUGGACAAUUCGAGGGAACUCGAUCGGCUGCGGAAAGAUCAAGAGGAUGUUCUUAUGGAGAUCAACAAGAUGCACAAGAAGCUUCAAGCAACUCCAGAGGUGGUUGAAAAGCCUGGUGACAACUCGUUGCAGAAGCUAAAAUUGCUAUAUAUGCAGGCCAGGGAUCUAUCGGAGAAUGAAAUAAAUGUUUCUAAUGCCUUGUUGACUCAGCUUGAUGCCCUCCUGCCGCAUGGUCCUCCAGGACAGCAAAGAAGGCGAAUUGAAGGCAAUGAGCAGAAAAGGAAAAGAAUGAAGGCCGACCCAGAUAUACCUAGGCUUUCACCUUCUAUGAGAAGUCAACUCGAUUCUUGUGCCAGCUUGAUUGGUGAACAGGUAGCGGCCAGGGUUACAGGCGAUGAUGCCGAAAAGGAUGAAUGGUUUGUUGUAAAGGUCAUGCAUUUUGAUAGAGAGAAAAGAGAAUUUGAGGUAUUUGAUGAAGAACCGGGUGAUGAUGAAGAUGGUGGUGGUGGACAAGGGAAGUACAGGCUACCGAUGUCAUGCAUCAUCCCUUUCCCGAAGAGAAACGAUCCAACAAGUGCUCCCGAUUUCCCUCCGGGGAGACACGUCCUGGCGGUAUAUCCAGGAACAACAGCACUCUACAAGGCAACCGUUGCAAAUCCUCCCAGAAAGGUUGGCUCUUUUCCUUCUCAAUUUUCAGUACCACAGUUAGAGAUUACUUUUGAAUCAUUGACUGAUGAAUUGCCUCUUUGCAUGGUCUGCUCUUUACAUGUCUCCAGAGGAAGUCCGACGAUUAUCUGCUGGAGUUUGAUGACGACGAAGAAGAUGGAGCAUUGCCUCAAAGGACAGUGCCUUUCCAUAAGGUUGUACCCUUACCAGAUGGCCAUCGCCAAUGAAAAAAACUACCCCAUUGUCCAUAGCUGUGUAUAAUCUUAAAUGAUAUAAGUAAUGUUCUUAUCUUGUUGUAGAAGUUAAAACCGGUUUUGGACUACUCCCCUAUCGCUCCUCAAUCCAAAACUUCCUAAGAACACGUCAAGCUAAAUUCCUUGUAAUCUGUUGUGAAUUAUCUAUAAAUCAAUUAGUAAUGUGAAUUCAGAGGUUCUCUGUAGUCUCAAUUGAUUUUA